CAGGUCUUCACUUAACAGUUUCAUGACAAUACAUUGCAAGUUGAAGCAGAAUGGAAAUGUAAUUUUUUCAUUCAAUUAUUAAAGUGCAAAGUUCACAAGCUAAGCAACAGGUACCGGAAAUGCUUUACAACAAUGUCUGUAAUCAUUGAGCAACUUCACAAGUUUUUGCAGCGAAACUCAACUAUCUAACAACCCUAGAUUAGAUUCGAGAUCUUUGGUUUUUCUUUCUGCUCAAAUUAGACAAAAAUUGAACGAAAAUGGCCUCAAACAGGAUCGUGCCACGAAGCACAUUUUUGACGUGACGUCACUAAGAACACAGAUGUAAAUAGAAACCUUUAUGUUGCAAAUUAAUGUCUCAAAUGAAUGAAAACCGUCAGCGUGGGCAUUCGACUAUCCGAGUUAGUACGUAACUAAGCUCCUCGAUUUUGAAGGAAAGUAUUUCGUUAUUUCUGCCUCACUGAAACGGUCGAGCAUUAACAUAAAUAUAGUGAAUUUUAGUUUGUUAAUCUGUCAAAUUUGUCGAUGAAGUGGAACGUUGUGAUGGACCGCAUUCCUCCCUUGCCUAACGAUUUAGAAGCUAUAAUUUUCGAUUGCGAUGGAACACUUGUGGACACUAUGCCUUUUCAUCUACAAGCUUGGGAGAAAAUCUGCAAAGAAACAGGGCUUUAUUUCUCUAAGGAGAGCUUCAUUGCUAAGGCUGGUAUACCUGGAAGAGAAAUUAUACGAACAAUGGCCAACAAACAAGGAAUUUAUUUGGAUGUCAUGAACGUAUACAACCGAAAGAAAGCUCUAUAUAUACAGUCUAUGAGACAGGCAACGCCGGCAUCUCUUCCUAUAUCGUGUGUCGUCAAUUUUGCUAUCGAGGCGAAAGCCACAAACGAUUCAUUAUUAUUUGGUGUUGCGACGGGGAGCUCUCGAUUCCAAGUAGAACAAGGUAUGUUCAAUAUUUAAUCUUGACCUUUUCUACCAAAAGUAUCAUUUCUAAACGAUACUUUUCUUCAAAUACAGAUUUCAGAAUACAGUACAAGUUUUAAAAAAUACAAGUUUUAUUUAAAAAAUACAAGUUUUUAUUUAAAAAAUUGAAUACAGUAGUCAGCAGGGAGAAAUUCCGCGAUCGCAUUCCCGUAGUACAAAGUCCGAAAUCGCAUGAUAUCAAUCCAUAUCACUCUUGUCUCAAUGUCUUCCCUGGCCUUAUGUAGUUUAAAGAUAGCAUUUUUCAUUAAAGUCUGUGUUCGAGAAACCAUAGCGUUUCUUAUUAAGGAACCUGGCCUAAAUUCUUCAGAGUGGAAAGCUUUUUACUUUCAAAAUCUAUAAAUUCCAAAAUAUUUAAACUGCGUAGGCGUUCGGUAGGUGUGUCGAAGUGUGUGUGACAAGACCGAACAUCACAAUAAUAUAUUUAUUUUUCUUCCAAAUAGGGAUUUUUAUCGAAACAGAAAGAGAUUCUAUCGUAGCACAAAAAUGUUUCAGAUUCAUUGACAUAAUCUCACUUAUCUCAGAGCGAACGGGUUUUCCCUUAAUAGUUUUCGAUAUGUAUCAAUUUACAUAUUAUGAAAUUUCAAAUCAUGCGAUAAUGCAUUCUUGUGGGCGAUUUGCAAUUCAAUAUUUCGUAAACCGUGCAAUGAUGCAUUGUUUGCUCUAAUUUGAAUUCCAAAUUUCAAUAUAUUUAAAAAUUUGAUAAUUUUUAAACUUCAUAGACAUUUUAUUUCACCAAAAUUGUCAUGUUUAUUGGGUUUACUUUAUUCUCACUUUUGACGACAAAUCGUACGGAUUCGUACCUGCGCCAAACCAAUAUAAACUCACGAAAAAAAAUUAAUUUCACUUUGUAGCUCUGGAAUUAGCUGGACUUCGCCAUCUGUUCGACGUGAUCGUUGGAAAUGAGGAUUAUUCGCAACACAAACCAAGUCCUGAUGCCUUUUUAACGGCUUGUGAAAAAUUAAAAGUUAACCCGGAAAAAUGUUGGGGCUUCGAAGACACG